UAGAGCAAAAGGCUUUUCUCAAGUUUAGGGAAAAGACUCAUUUGCAGAAGAAAGCUUUUGGUAUUGAACCCACAAAGCAUAACUCGUGUUUACUUUUGAGCAGUGUCAGUAUUUUUGGGCAAUCUUCUGUUUUUGGACACCUGUGAAAGUACAGGAGCUAUUAAUAAGUGCUGUACUCGUAUUUUACCAGCUUUCUAAAAAAGUCGGUUGUGAGGCAGAGUAAGAGCGGGCACAGUAACACAACUGGAUAAGACACAGGACAAGUUGUGAAUUUUGCAUUUUGUGGUGCUCGCUUCUCUGGUAUGUGUGUGUGUGUGUGUGUGUCAGAAUGAAAGAGCCGGAGGUGCCGGAGCAGAACUUGCUAAUGAAGGUGGACGACCUCACGCUGAGGAAAGCUCUCCAGGAUGCUGCCAGCUCCCUGCAGAGGCACCAGGAGAAGCUCCUCGUUCUCAGGGAAGAGGUGCAGAGUGUGACUCUAGGGAAGGAGAGGAGUAAGACUGUGUGGAGGGACCGACUGCGCCACUGUCAGCUCCAGCUGAGGAUGAAGCAGGAGGAGAUGAAGAGGCAGUGUGAAUAUUUCCAACUGUACAAACAGAAUCAGCAGCAGAAGCUCAGGCUGGCGGGGGAGCGGGAGCAGAGCCUCCGCAAACGCAUCCGAGAGCUGGAGCUGGAGCAGGAGACGCCGGAUCGAUUGGCGACAGGUGCUCUGCUACGCACAGGGCUGGAGCGCUGUCCCCCUGGUGGGACCCCCCAGUUGAAUGAAGAGCAAGAAGAGAAGGAGCACAGGAAGCAAACUGCCUUGCUGGAGGAGUCAGAGGAGCGAGCCAACAAAAGCAAUGGACUCCUGAAGCAGGGCGCCCCCCUGGCUGAAACCCGGGUCCAGCCGCAGGCGCCUCCGCUGCCAAAUGAGCCUGAGGAAAGAUUGGGUGGGGUGGGAACUCAAAAGAAGGAAACGGCCUUUGUGGACUGCAACAGCCAGCCAUGCUCGUAUGAGGGACUGCUGGGGAGCCCCGUCCUUCCCCUGCUGGAGCUGAACUCCCAGAGCGUGGUAGAAAUCCUGCAGUCUCUGCAGUGUGACGGAGUGAAGGAGGUGAUCCCAAGUCUCCGACAGGUGGACCUACAAAGCAGGCUUCACUUGCUGCUGAUGUCCACCUCGGAGCACAAAGGUGUAACCGCAUCUGCUGAGACACAGGGGGUGGUAGAGAGUGACAGUGGAGCAGAGGAUCCUGUGUCAAUACACGAAGAUGGGAUGGUCAUUGUGUCGCAGUCAGAUUUGCUAAGGCUUCUUGGAUACAAAGUCCAGAGAGCCGACGUGUCAAGUCUCCAUGAAAUCCCGAAAGAGCUUAAGGCCCUUGUGUACGAUAAAGAGGAGUCCCUUCAGAAGGUGUCUGAUGAGAAUGUGAGACUGAAACACAACAUGGUAGAAAGGCUAGCAGACAGACAAACGUGUGAGAAGCCUGAAACCAAGAGGGAUGAGACAGACGAGCUGCAGCUAGAGACACCGAAGAAGAGUUGGGCACAGGGCAGCAAGGAGCUCAGCAGGUGCAAUGAGGAACUACGGGGGCAACUAGACCAGCUUGAAAGAGACUCUGAGCAGAAGCCAACUCAAGUGGGGCUGCAGAUCUCCCUGCAGAAGCAGAAGAUCCACAGAUUAGUGGAGCAGCAACUCGGCAACAUAGCCGUUUUGCGCAGGGAGGACCAGAAACCCGCAGAACUGCCACAAAAUGUCUUACAGAAGAUUGGGUGGAACUGUGUUUACCAAGAGGAGAGUAGAAGCAACAAAAAUAUGAGCUCUGACACCGUCUUUGCUCAGAAUAGAGAGGUUGGUCAGCUGAAGGAAAAGUCUUGCUCCCUUCUUCUGCGUGACAAGACCCAGCAGCAUAUACUAUUUUCUCACUUGGAGGAAGAAAGGCAAUGGGUUCCAGAAAACACUGUACAAGUGAAGGAACUUAUGACAUCUGGACUCAGUAGGAACCUGCGGCAGACCAGUGCCAAGGAUCGGAACAGAAUGGAUCAAGAGAAGAGUGAUGAAUGCUUAGACAGAGUGGACCAAGAGCUCACACAAAAGCUGGAGGAUUUGCAGGAGCCGAAGAUCAGGUCACAGCUGAUGUCAGAGAUGGAGGCACAGCAUACAAAUGAUAUUCUGAGAGGGGUGGUAACAGCUUCGGGGGUGGAGCAUACGGACUUGAGGGGGGUGGAUGAGACCCUUCCUGAUGAGAAAAUUCAGCUGCCAGGAGAGAUCGGGCACUUGAAGAAUGAGCAUACGGAACACCUAAGGAAGCACCUUACACUGCUGCAGACCUUCGGUGAGCAGAAUCAAGAGCUCUUUGUUAAAAAAGGUGAUGGGAUCCUUCUGGAGAGCAACACUCAAAACAUAGCACAUUGUCAGAGGAGUGGAAACAGCACCUUGCAUGGUUUAGGCCAGAUGGUGACAACAGGCAGUGACCCCUGUGUGGGUGGAGGUGCCGGCGCAUUGAAUCCAGCCCUUGGCAUCCACUCACAUGGUUAUCUGGGCAAGAGAAGAAUGGAAGUUGUUUGCCAGCGCCUUCUUCCAUGCAUGUCUACAAGGUGCGAAUGCUGGGAGAAAUAUGCAAACUCCACACACCCUGAGCUGAACUCAAAGCUAUGUCCACCAAAGAGCUCAGGAGCCAUGAGGCAACAGCUUAACCUGUUAGGCUACUGUGUCCCUCACAGUGACCCGUGGAAAGGCCUAAACUGUGAAUCAGGUUCAGAAGGUCAUAUGAACAAUAUUGCCAACAGGAAGGAAGUUGGUGUUUUCAUGCGUACAUUUCAACAUGAUGUCCAGAGAAUUCGUGUAGAGCUCACAUUGUUGCACGAGCCCCAAAAGCCACAGCAGUUCAUUAGUGUUAAAGAAACACAGUGGUACCGUCCAAGCAAGAUGCCCCAAGUAGCCAUGCAGAAGAGCCACACCACCAUCUUUUCAUACAGAACGGUCAGCCUUGCAGGCAUCUUGCAGGAGAAGCCCAGCUCACGUGAGGGCAAAGAGACCCUGAGGAAGGAGCUGGAAGCCACUGCUGCAGACCUCAGGAAGUCUCAAGAGGAGCUGGAAAAGGCGAAAGCAGAGGCACAGAAGUGGUACCGGGAGCUAGGCCUGGCAGAGUGCAGACGGGAGGAGGCGGAGAAGAAAGCCUCUCAGGCCUUGAACGAAGCGAGGAGGAUGAGAAAGUGCAUGAAGGAGGCAGAAGUGAUGAAGAGCAGGAGCGACAGCCUGAAAGAAGAGAUGGGGCAUGUGAAGGAGAGAGUGUUGCAGCUGGAGAAGGAGCAGACUGAUGCUCUGUUCCUCAGAUCCCACCUGGAGGAGCAGCUGGCUCACCUGCAAGCCAACUUCGAUACCAAGUGUGCAGCUGAGGGGGAGCUCAGGGCAGAGAAUGCGUCAUUGAAAAGCCAACAAGAUGAUCUGAAGAACUUCCGUGACACUCUUAAGAACCUGAAGGCUUGUUAUGAUCAUGCAAAACAUCAGAUCAAUGAACUGCACAAGAAGACGGCUCAGGCUGAUAUUGCUAUGGCCCCUCUUAAGGCCAAGCUGGCCUACGUAGCUCAGAAGUGCCGGGAGAGGAACCGUUUGAUAGUCCGAAUGGCGCGGGUGCUGGAGAGCUGUGGCUGUGGCGACAGUGCCUUGAUGCAGGAAGCUGAGGACAUGGUUAAUGACGCAUCACUUCUGGAAUAUUCCAGCACCUUCUUACCUGGACAGGAUAACACGCUGGAUCAUCACAGAGGAUUGUGGGAAGUGCGAAGGUGGACCGACCAAGAAGACUCUGUGGCCGGCACCGAAACGAGUCUCUCGGACAUGGACGCGUCACUCAGCUACAGGUUGCGUGCACCCCCGACGCACUGCGGCCCCUCUGCUCAGACGCCCCAGACUGGACUGCCCACACUCCCCUUGAGUGCUGGCGAAGGGAUGCAAGUCGUGGGUCUCGCAGACAGCCGGGGGCUCUACCGUGCACAGCUCGUUGGGGAGGGUGGACUUGUAACGGCGCGUUUCCUGGACGAGAGGAAGGAACCCCGUCCCCAAACGGCCACGUCAGGCAGCACGUCUCCCGCUCGUAGCCCAAGGCCGACAGGCCCGCAAAAGAUCCUGGAGCUUCAUCGGCAACUCCAGCAGGUUCACUGCAGCAGUUACCAGAACCCUUCCUUUCCUGGAUCCAGCCCCUCACAAAGGUGGGGCACAAGCUCUCUCUCCAGCACUUUUCCUUGUCUGGAGCUUAUCUCUCCUCUUCAUAACGGUGCUGAACUGGCGGAAGGAACCUCCAGGUGUCGGAGGAAAGAGGAAGAGUCUCCGAGGAGGGACAAGGUGAGCUGUCUGUGCGAGGAGCCCAAAUCCAGCCAGCAGGACCAGGACAACAGGGCGACCAAACCGAAGACCUUGUUUCCAGGGACCAGACCAACCAAAACAAAGCCAGACCCUCCGGCUGCUGUGGCUUCAGUGGAGAUUUUAAAGAGAGUGGGACAGAGCGGCCUUAUGAUCAGCUGGGAGAGGCCACCGCUGGACGAGCUGGGCUGCAGUAACGGCACCUUUGUGAGCGGAUACAUGAUCUGUGUCAACGGCGAGUUCCGCAAAUCUGUCGUGAGCUCAGCCUGUACCAAGACAGUUCUGGAGAACCUGGAUCUGUCUCUGUCGCUGCACAUCAGUGUCCAGACCUUGGGCUCUAAUGGGCUCCUUGCUGAGAAGGUGUAUGUCCUCUCCAAGGGCAUGAGUCCCCCUCCUGGAUCAGCGCCCCCCCCGCGCAUUCACCGACACCGUUGGACAGCACAGCCGUUUGUUGCCCUGUGCAGCUACAGCCCUCUGAAGGACAGCCCUGACGUCCGCCCCGGCCGAGAGCCGACUUUCCGUGAGGGCGACGCGGUUCGGGUGUUCGGCGCCCCCCGACGUGACGGCUUCUGCGAGGCGGAGGUCGACGGGAGGCGUGGCCUUGCACCUAUGGCCCUCUUGGAGGAGGUCGGCGCUGGGCUGUCGAGUCCAGACAAAGCCACCGGGUCCAAGUAUUCUGGCCCCAAGGCCGACGACGCGGUCCGAUCCGUGGGCUUCCUCCCUCCUGCCCUGCUCCGCUUCCGCUCCUUUGCAAAGAAGGAGAUGCCGGAUCGGAUGGCUUCGAGAUCCAAGGAACACCUGAAUCCUGGUGCUCGUGACGACGACAACUGUAAAAACAAAUGAGCUGGAUGCGACUCCUUACUUGUGUGUCAGCUUGAGUGUGACAAGUAUGGCACCUUUAUUCACCUUGGUGAUACACUGUUAAAUGUGGCGGUAAACGUUGACCAAUUUCUUAACAGACGAGCAGAAUUUUGUCUUUUUCCCGAAUCAAGAAAUUCUGGACAGAAAUAAUAGCCUGAAUGUAGUGAAGAGAGUAUCAGUGUUCUGGUUGCCACGGAAACAAACAAAGCUGGGCGAAGUUCAGCCACAAUGCCGAAAGACAAUGGCACCGAAGAGACCGUCUUCGCUGUCGUCCCAGAGUCCAGUCGCACGCUGAGGGGUCGUCGUUCUCCUUUUUUCAAGUGCUGCUGCAGAUCCCCGAGUGAAUUCUGUCCGACUCAAUGACUCGACCCCUUCGAUUAAUCGCGUCGUCGGGGCGCUGCGCCCCAUCGGUGACAGAGUUGGGAAACGAAAGAAAAUCAGAUGCUACGUAAAUGAACUCUGCCUCUUUCCACACUCAGAACGUUGUCCACUCUGGUUCUGAUUGCCUCCUUUGUCCACCGGUCCAGUCCCAGGACAUAUUGUGUGACUGGAUGUGAAGAUUUACUGUGGUGCUGUUCAGAUAACAUUUUGGUCAGUGCAGAACACCAGAAAGCGUUUAUCAGUUAAAUGUUUAAUUUAAUAGCGUUUUUUGAUUAUUAUAGUUAUCUAUCUGUUGUUUAAUUCAUUAUCCAUUUGGACAUUGUGCCUCAUUUUAAUACAUCAAAAAGUUGGAAGGCUGUCACAUAAUG